AUAGGCAGCCUAAGGAGCAAACGUUUCAGUGAUGAUGUCUCUUCUGUCAGGAUUUACCCGUUUUUGAUGACAACACGGGAUAGCCUGACUCGGUUGCGACGUAAUCCCUUUUUCAAAUGUCCGAUUGUCACAUGAACGUGCUUGUAGUUAAAAUUUUCGUAUAGACGUCCUAAUUUCCGAUCUAUUUAUUAAAAGAUUAUAUGAUAAAUUUCUGAUACAAAUCAUUAUUACGUUAAAAAUCUUAAGAUUUGAGAUAAAUUGUUGAUAGUGGUUAUUAAAUGAUAAGAAUUGUUGUCUCUCUCUCUUAAUUUGUGAUUACGAGUACAUUCAAGUGACAUAGAUAAUAAUACAAGAAAAUUAUCUUAUAAUAGCGGAAGAUAAAGUGAUUUCGUUGAAGUGUCAAGAGUGUUCUUUUUAUUUUAAUGGAUUUAGUUUAAUGACGUAUUUGAUAGUUACGAUAAAUCUUUAAUUUUUUAAAGACACUGAUUUAUCGAUAGAAGUUUCAUUUUACGAAUAUGUCGCCCCAGCAAGAAAAACUUGCUACAUCAACUGAUUUAGAUUUAACGGAUCAUGCCUGUGAUACUUUAUCUCGAACUUCAAAUUCUACUGAUAAACACGCGAAUCGUAAGAACUCUUCGAAGGAUCUUAAAAAUCAACUUGCUAAUGGAAAGGAUGCAAAGGAUAUGGAUUUCGAUGAUCUUCUGCCUUACGUCGGAGAGUUUGGAUUGUAUCAGAAGAUUCUCUUCGUUAUGAUGAUACCUUUUGCCUCAUUCGUCGCUUGGGUAUAUUUCUCUCAAAUUUUUCUUACUUUAGUACCGGAAGGACAUUGGUGCUGGGUACCAGAGUUAGAAAAUCUUACCGCCGAAGAAAGAAUCGCAAUAGCAAUACCAUUUGAAGGCGAAGGCUAUUCAAAAUGUAUCAUGUACGAUACCAAUUACACUGAGAUCCUGUCGAACGGCAUAAAAGUCAGCAAUUCAACAUGGUCAACAAAGAAGUGUCAGCAUGGUUGGGAAUUUAACUACACGGACAUUCCCUAUUCAACUAUAGCAACCGAGUUAGAAUGGGUUUGUGACGACAGUGCUUUACCAAAUACAGCCCAGAGCAUUUUCUUCGUUGGCGCCAUUUUUGGUGGAUUGAUAUUUGGAUGGAUCGCCGAUCGAUUUGGACGAGUACCAGCGUUAGUUGGAGCAAAUAUUACUGGCUUUUUAUCAGGCAUUGCCACGGUUUUUGCCAGAAAUUUCUGGGAAUUCUCCGUAUGUCGUUUCUUCUUUGGUUUUGCUUUCGACAAUUGUUUUACAAUGAUGUAUAUAUUAGUCUUGGAAUAUGUUGGACCAAAAUGGCGUACCUUCGUUGCUAACAUGUCGAUAGCGAUUUUCUUUACUUUUGCAUCUUGCAUCUUACCUUGGAUCGCUUAUUUCUUGGCUAACUGGAGACUGACAUGCUUGGCAACGUCUGUUCCCUUAAUUUUAGCUGUAAUAUCACCAUGGUUAAUACCGGAAAGUGCAAGGUGGUUGGUCAGUCAAGGAAAAAUAGAUAAAGCCAUAGGGAUCUUGAGAAAAUUCGAAAGGAUUAAUGGUACCAAGGUUCCUGAUGAAAUUUACAAACAAUUCCAAGAAACCUGUGCUAAAAUACGUAAAGAAGAGGAAGCCGACAAAUCUUAUUCCGUGUUGGAUCUAUUUAAAAGUCCACGGCUACGUAAAAUUACAAUCCUCUUCAUUGUGAUUUGGAUGGCGAUCUCUCUGGUCUUCGAUGGUCAUGUGAGGAACGUCGACAAUCUCGGUCUAAACGUUUUCAUCACGUUCACCGUUGCUGCAGCAACCGAAUUACCAGCUGAUACUUUCUUGACACUGGUCCUUGACAGAUGGGGUAGAAGAUGGUUAGCCUGUGGUUCGAUGGUGAUAUCUGGAAUCUUCAGUAUCUGGGCUUGCGCUAUUUCAAACAAUAUUUACUCCGCUACUCUCGCUAUAUGUGGAAGAUUUUGGGUAAACAUCUCCUACAAUAUAGGUUUGCAAUAUGCAGCUGAAGUUUUGCCAACUGUAGUACGUGCUCAAGGAGUCGCUCUAAUUCACAUAAUGGGAUACGUCGCUAGCAUCUUGGCACCCUUUGUAGUUUAUUUGAAUAUCAUUUCUUCGAUCCUUCCGUUAUUACUCUUAGGUAUCUUUGGAAUUAUAGGAGGUCUUUUGACUCUCUUCCUCCCAGAAACAUUAGACAAAGAUCUGCCACAGACUUUAGAGGAUGGUGAGAAUUUUGGUUUGAACCAAAAAAUGUGGGACGUACCUUGUUUCUCGAAAAAAUUGCAAGACAAAGAACCCCCGGCGCCUGAAAUAUUCCGAUCAUUUGGCAGAUCUAGCGCGAGAAUUUCGAUGAGAGCAUCUCUUCGUGGCGAAGUGAUGCGAAGUAAUCUAAUUCAUAGAUCUAGCAUGAAAUCACAAAAAAAUACAAGUCCAACAGUGGAAAUGGCAAAGUUAUAGCGUACAAAGUCAAUGUCUUUCGUUUAACUCUCAAAAUUGUGAUACCGAAAAUUAUUGAAGUUAUUUUAAAGCUUCGAUAACAUCGGCCAAAAAAACGCAUCAAGUAAUACGAAAUGACAUUUGUGAAAAAUUGACAAGUAUAAACGUAAGAGUUUUAGA